AUGCCACGAAAUAUCUUCUGUGUUCCUGGGUACCAAGUAGUAGCAGAAGAUGGUGUACCUCUACAUUACUUUCCAUGUCCUGAGAAAGAUGCAGAAAGGUUUCAUAAUUGGGUAAAGAUUAUUGGAGGUGGUAUUGUGAGUCUGGACAACACCUGUAAAACUCAUAGAAUCUGUCGUCAGCACUUUCAGAAAGAGUUUCUUUACCCAAAAAACAGGCUUUGUAAAUUGGCUGUUCCAUCUUUGCUUUUACCCUCUGCAGGUGUAUCAGAAAGUGGGUGCUUGCCAGAGGAAAGUGUGGACACUGCACAUUUGAUAAUGCUGUUCAACAACCUGUUCGACUCAAAUUAA